ACCAACUCCUCACCCUCCAACCUUACCAUACUCAACCUCUCUCCCAAUUAAAGCUCUGGUUUUGAUCAUAUAAACCCAUCAACCUCACACUUGAUCAGAUGCAGUGAGCAAGUCCAUCACCCAAAAUGAUGCAAUCUGGGAUUCCCAUCUGCAACACCUGUGGUGAUCAAGUUGGGUUCAAUCCCAAUGGUGACCUCUUUGUGGCUUGCCAUCAAUGUAAUUUCCCUAUUUGCAAAUCUUGCCUUGAUUACCAAAUUAACAAUGGCCGUAACGCUUGCCUGCGCUGUGCUUCUCCCUUUCAUGACGACUUGUUGGAUCAAUUUGAGCCAAAGGCAUCCGGAAACCAACCAACAGUCUCUGCCCAUCUCUCUACUCCCCAGGAUGCCGGAAUUCAUGCCAGACAUAUCAGCAGUGUGUCCACCGUGGAUAGUGAAUUAAAUGAUGAAUCCGGGAAUCCAAUCUGGAAGAAUAGAGUGGAAAGUUGGAAGGACAAGAAGAGCAAGAAGAAAAAGGCUGAGGCUAAGGUUGAACAAGAGGCCCAGGUUCCACCUGAACAGCAUAUAGAAGAGAUGCCGUCUGUAGAGCUAGCAGAACCGCUUUCGACUGUGGUUCCACUCCCACGGAACAGGCUUACACCAUAUAGAUUUGUGAUCAUUAUGAGAUUGAUCAUUCUUGGUUUUUUCUUUCACUACCGAGUAACGAAUCCUGUUAAUAGUGCUUAUGGUCUGUGGCUCACCUCUGUCAUAUGUGAGAUCUGGUUUGCUUUUUCAUGGGUGUUGGAUCAGUUCCCUAAAUGGACUCCAAUAAAUAGGGAAACAUUCAUAGACAGGCUAUCUGCAAGGUAUGAAAGAGAAGGCGAACCCUCUCAGCUUGCUGCUGUGGACUUCUUCGUGAGUACAGUUGAUCCAUUGAAAGAACCGCCAUUGAUCACUGCAAACACUGUGCUUUCCAUCCUUGCUCUGGACUACCCUGUAGAGAAAGUCUCCUGUUAUGUAUCUGAUGAUGGUGCUUCAAUGCUUACAUUUGAAUCUCUCGCAGAGACAGCUGAUUUUGCCAGGAAAUGGGUGCCAUUCUGCAAAAAGUUCUCCAUUGAACCUCGAGCUCCAGAAUUUUACUUCUCGCAGAAGAUUGAUUACUUGAAGGAUAAAGUUCAACCUUCUUUUGUGAAGGAACGCAGGGCAAUGAAAAGAGACUAUGAGGAGUUUAAAAUUCGAAUAAAUGCUUUGGUAGCAAAGGCUCAAAAGACACCUGAAGAAGGAUGGACUAUGCAGGAUGGAACACCUUGGCCAGGAAAUAACACUCGUGACCACCCUGGCAUGAUUCAAGUAUUCCUCGGAAGUAGUGGAGCUCAUGAUAUUGAAGGAAAUGAACUUUCACGAUUAGUUUAUGUGUCCAGAGAGAAGAGACCAGGCUACCAACACCACAAAAAGGCUGGUGCUGAAAACGCUUUGGUGAGGGUGUCUGCAAUUCUUACAAAUGCUCCCUUCAUCCUUAAUCUUGAUUGUGAUCACUAUGUUAACAACAGCAAGGCUGUGAGGGAGGCAAUGUGCUUCCUGAUGGAUCCACUAGUUGGUCAAGACGUGUGUUAUGUUCAGUUUCCUCAGAGAUUUGACGGAAUAGAUAGAAGUGAUCGUUAUGCCAACCGUAACACAGUUUUCUUUGAUAUCAACAUGAAAGGGCUUGAUGGCAUUCAGGGACCUGUUUAUGUGGGGACAGGUACUGUUUUCAAUAGACAGGCACUAUAUGGCUAUGGACCUCCCUCUAUGCCCAGAUUACCCAAGUCUUCAUCAUGUUGUUCGUGGUGUUGCUGCUGCCCCUCCAAGAAGACAAAUAAAGAUGCCUCAGAGGCAUACCGUGAUGCAAAAAGAGAAGAACUUGAUGCUGCCAUCUUUAACCUCAGGGAGAUUGACAACUAUGAUGAGUACGAAAGGUCAAUGCUGAUAUCCCAGAUGAGUUUUGAGAAAACCUUUGGCUUGUCUUCAGUCUUCAUUGAAUCUACCUUGAUGGAGAAUGGAGGAGUAGCUGAGUCUGCCAACCCAUCAAUGCUUAUCAAGGAAGCAAUUCAUGUCAUUAGCUGUGGGUACGAGGAGAAGACAGAAUGGGGAAAAGAGAUUGGUUGGAUAUACGGGUCGGUGACGGAAGACAUCUUAACAGGUUUCAAGAUGCACUGCAGAGGAUGGAGGUCAAUUUACUGCAUGCCUUUGAGGCCUGCAUUCAAAGGGUCUGCACCAAUCAACCUUUCUGAUCGUCUCCACCAGGUUCUCCGGUGGGCUCUUGGGUCAGUAGAAAUUUUUCUGAGCAGACAUUGUCCCCUUUGGUAUGGAUUUGGAGGAGGCCGCCUCAAGUGGCUUCAGAGAAUGGCAUAUAUAAACACCAUUGUAUAUCCUUUCACUUCCCUCCCUCUUAUUGCUUAUUGCUCAUUACCAGCAAUUUGCCUUCUAACUGGAAAAUUCAUCAUACCAACGCUCUCAAAUUUAGCCAGUGUCCUCUUUCUGGGACUCUUCAUCUCCAUCAUCGUUACCAGUGUCAUGGAGUUGCGGUGGAGUGGUGUGAGCAUCGAGGACUUGUGGCGUAACGAGCAAUUCUGGGUGAUUGGAGGCGUUUCAGCCCACCUCUUUGCAGUCUUCCAAGGCUUCCUGAAAAUGUUAGCUGGUCUGGACACCAACUUCACUGUCACAGCAAAAGCAGCAGAUGACGCUGAGUUUGGCGAACUCUACAUUGUCAAAUGGACAACACUUCUGAUUCCCCCAACAACCCUUCUCAUUGUCAACCUUGUAGGCGUGGUUGCCGGAUUCUCAGACGCAUUAAACAAAGGAUACGAAGCUUGGGGACCGCUUUUUGGCAAAGUGUUCUUCUCCUUCUGGGUCAUUUUUCAUCUUUACCCAUUCCUCAAAGGUCUGAUGGGUCGCCAAAACAGAACUCCCACCAUUGUUGUGUUAUGGUCAGUGCUCUUGGCAUCUGUUUUCUCACUUGUCUGGGUCAAGAUCAAUCCCUUCGUCAACAAUCCAGACAGCUCAACCAUAGCUCAGACCUGCAUUUCUAUUGACUGCUAGCUACUUAUACUGCCAAUUACUAUUCCAUUCAACCCACAUAUGUUUGUGCUUCUGCAAUAUCAACACUUUUGGAUAUAUAUAUAUAUACGUAUGUAUAUAAUUCAUAGUGUUAAUUAAAGUUUUGAUCAUCAUUAUCCUUUUGGACAUGAUUACUGUGCUUUGUAAAGAUAGAUAAGGAAAGUUUUUAUAUUUCAAAAGCAGAAAAAGAGAGAAAGACAUGAAUGUUAUUGGAUUUCCUCCUUUUUUU